AUGCCGUCAUACACCCAGUUCGUGGCGUCGACCACGGACGACUCCAAGCUCUCCUACGACUCGCGCCGCUCCUGCACCUAUGGCACGCAAGGCAUGGUCUCGGCGAGCCAGCCCGCCGCCGCGCAGGCGGCGCUGCGUGUACUGCAGUCGGGCGGCAACGCCGCCGAUGCGGCCGUCGCCGCGGCCGUGGCGCUCGCCGUCACGGAGCCGUGCCAUACGGGCCUCGGCGGGGACGCGUUUGCCCUCUUUUUCGACGCCAAAUCGAAGAAGGUCCUCGGGCUCGCGGGGAACGGCGCUGCGCCCGCUGGGCUGUCGCUGGAGGCGGUGCGCGCCAAGGGCGUCCAGGGCGGCGAGCUGCCCAUGUUUUCGGCGCUUACCGUGACAGUGCCGGGGGCGGCGCGGCUGUGGGAGGACGCGGUGGGCAGGUGGGGCUCUGGCAACAAGUCACUGGGAGACGUGCUUCAGCCGGCCAUCGAGCUGGCAGAGGGCGGCUUUGCUGUGGGGCCCACCACAGCAUGGACCUGGUCCAGGACCGCCUUCCAGAUCAUAGACCAGAAGUGCGGCGACUCGGCCGCCCCCCUCCUGGCGUCCGGCGGCCGCGGCCCCAGGGCGGGCGAGCUGCUGAAAAACGAGCCGCUCGCUGCCGUGCUCAGAGAGCUCGCAGACUCUGGCCCCGCCAAGGCCAUCUACUCUGGGCGCGUGGCGGAGGCGAUUGUGGAAGCCGUGCAGUCGCGGGGGGGCGUGAUGACGCUCGCUGAUCUGGCGGCGCACAGGACGCUGGUGGUCGAGCCCAUCAGCACCGAGUACAGGGGCGCCACCGUGUGGGAGGUGCCCCCGCCCUGCCAGGGCCUAGUAGCCCUAUUGGCCCUCAACAUACUCGAGGCCGACGCAGCCCUCGCCUCAAAGCCCCCGGGCUCCGCCGACCGCCUCCACUCUCUGAUCGAGAGCGUUCGCCUGGGUUUUGCCGACGCCCUCGCAUACAACUGCGACCCCGCCGCUGCCGCCGGGGUCGAGCCGCCGGCGCCCGUCGCGCCCUUGACGAGCGCGGCGGGGGCGGACGACGGGGUCGCCGCCGCGCCGCGGCACCCGCUUCUGGGAAGCCUGCUGUCAAAGGAGCGCGCGUCCGCGCGGCGCGCGGCGGCGUUCGACGGUUCCAAGGCGUGCGUCGCUUCCGAGGACGCGGCGCUCGGGCCGGCCCGUGAGGCGGCGGGCGGGGACACGGUGUACGUGUGCGUGGUGGAUCGGGAGGGCAAUGGUUGCAGCCUCAUCAACAGCAACUACAUGGGGUUCGGCACCGGGAUUGUCCCGAAGGGCUGCGGCUUUACACUGCAGAACCGCGGCCACAACUUCUCCCUCAACCCGGCACACCCCAACUGCCUGGCGCCUGGCAAGAGGCCCUACCACACCAUCAUGCCCGCCAUGGUCACCCGGAACGGGGAGCUGCAGGGCGUCAUAGGGGUGGUCGGCGGCACCGCGCAGCCGCAGGGCCAGGUCCAGGUGCUGUCCAACAUCCUGGACCUGGGCAUGAACCCGCAGGCCGCCCUGGACGCGCCCCGCUUCUGCGUCGAUCGCGCAGACUCCACCGUCGGCGCCGCGUCCGUGGCAGAGAGCCACGUGUUUCUGGAGGAGGGGGUGACCCAGGAAGCCGCCGAGAAGCUGCGGGCGAUGGGGCACGACGUGGUCGGGUGGCCGGUGGAGGGGCAGGGCCGCACGGUGUUCGGGCGCGGGCAGGUGAUCUGGCGGGACCUGGAGACGGGCGUGCUGUCUGGUGCCAGCGACCCCAGGAAUGACGGGUGCGCCAUCGGCUACUGA